AUGGUAAUGCAGUUGCAAGUAGACUCUGCGAGCUCGACCCAGGCCUCCGCGACCACCUCCUACACAUUUCUGGGCGACUCCACGGGCGGCAUUUUGUCGCUGCGCUCGUCGGAAAUUCUCUCCACCGUGGCCCAGCCGUCGUCCUUUUCGUUCCACUCGCGCGACUUCCACAGCGCGUCCGUGACGUCCACCGUGUCUGGGAACAUAUCCUCGGCCGCUUCCUCGACGGCCUCCGCAUCCACCGCAUCCUCCGCAUCCACCGCAUCCUCCGCAUCCUCCGCAUCCACGGCCUCCAUACCGGCCUCUGCGUCUGCUUCCUCCAGUGCUGCUGGCCAGCAAGCAUCCUCCGCGGGCGGAUCCUACUCCCACAGCCCGAGCUGGAAGCUGAGCACUGCGCUAAUGAUUCUCGCUGCGUGCGGACUCAACAUUUAG